GCUACCAGUUCCGCAUUUCCCGCGCCAUGGUACGUAGUAAAGGUUUAUAGUCUCUAGUCUCGUUCCAUGUGAGGUCACACUUAUACAUUCGGUCGAUUUAUUAGAAUCUGGAGGAUCCGAGACUUAGUUGGAUCGUAGGUUCGAGUCUCUCUGGCCGAGCGGUUGCGAUCUCGAGGUCUCGCGACGAGAUCGGAUCUUGGGAAUUGCCGAGGGUUAGGGAUUGCCGAACCUAGGGAUUGCCGUACCUAGGAAUUGCCGAAGGCUUGGCAUUGCCAGAUGAAGAGGAGAUGGCCCGGUCGAGCGGCGGCGGUGGUGGAAGCUUAGAGAUUCUCUCAUCUUGAGAAUUUAAACCUAGAAACUUCCUAAGCUUAGGGGUUGCCGUCCCAAGGGAUUUCCGAAGCUUAGGCAUUGCCGAAUGACGAGGCGGCGUGGUCGAGCGGCGGUGGUGGUCGAAGCUUAGAGAUUCUUUCAUCUCUUAACCUAGUUCUUAAGCUUAGGGGUUGCCGCCGGGUCCCAGAGAUUCCCGGAUGACGAGGCGGCGCGGUCGAGCGGCGGUGGUGGUGGUGGGCGACGUGGGUCGCAGCCCUCGCAUGCAGUACCACGCGCUGUCGCUAGCCAAUCAGGCUGGAUUAGAGGUCGACCUUAUCGGAUACGGAGGGUCCCAGGUGCACCCCUCGGUGGCGGAGCACCCGCGCAUCCACCUGCGCCUGCUGAGCCUCUCCUUCUCCAGCAAGCUCUCUCGCCCGCUCUACCUGCUCCUGCUGCCACUCAAGCUCAUCGCCCAAGUGCUCUGCUUCCUCUGGGUGCUCUGCGUCUCCACGCCCCCGCCGGACUUCUACCUGUUGCAGAACCCCCCCACCAUCCCCACCUUCACAGUGGUGCGAUUCGCUGGUCUCGUGCGCCGAGCCUCGUUCGUGAUCGACUGGCACAACUUCGGGUUCACGCUGUUCGGGCUGCGCUUCGGGCCUGCCCACCCCCUAGUGAAGAUCCACAAAUGGUACGAGACCACAAUCGCCCGCCAGGCAGCGGCGCACAUAUGUGUGACGCGUGCAAUGCAGCAGGAGCUAGCAAACAACUGGGAUAUACGUGCCACAGUGCUGUACGAUCGGCCGCCUGCCUUCUUCCGACCGAGCUCACUGGAGGAGAAGAGGGAGGUACUAGGCCGUAUCGACCAAUCACUUCUCGACAGCUGUUUCUCCCCGCCCGCUCCUGGAACCUCGCAGUGGACUCUCAGGCCAGAUCGCCCGGCGCUUGUUGUUAGCAGCUCCAGCUGGACUGCUGACGAGGACUUUGACGUGCUGCUAGAAGCCGCUCUCAUGUACGACAGGCGCGUGGCAGCGAUAAAAGGGGAGGAGGAGCCUGGGGGAGAACAAGGGGGGGAGGGGGGAAGGGGCGCUGACGCAGCACCCCUGCUUUCUUACAGGCAGGCUGAUGGGAGAACACCAACACCAGCACCAACACCAGCAGCAGCAGCAGCAGCAGCAGCAGCAGCAGCAGCAGCAGCAGCAGCAGCAGCAGCAGCAGCAGCAGCAGCCGGAAUGUCAACAGGUGCUGAUGAUGCAAGAAAGAAUGGGCUGGUAGGAGAGGGAGAGGCGGGAGGAGAGGUGGCGGCAGGAGCAGGAGUGGCAGGAGGUGGAGGGCGAUUGGAGUUUGGAGCCAAGUUUCCUAAACUGGCCUUUAUCAUCACAGGAAAGGGAGCCCUCCGAUCGCACUACGAGGCCAAGAUGCGGCGGCUGAGAUUGCGCCACGUGUCGUUCCGGACAGCGUGGCUAGCUCCGGAGGACUACCCGAGGCUGCUAGGCUCGGCGGACCUGGGCGUGUCUCUCCAUACCUCGUCGUCAGGCCUGGAUCUGCCCAUGAAGGUGGUGGACAUGUUUGGGUGCGGCCUGCCCGUUUGUGCCAUCUCCUACUCAUGCAUCCACGAGCUAGUGAAGGAUGGCACCAACGGCCUCCUCUUCUCAGACUCCUCAGAACUCGCCUCUCAACUCAUCGACAUCUUUUGUGGAUUCCCGGAAGGUUCCUCCGUCGAACCCUCCCAUUCUCCCUCCACUGUUUCCUCCUACUCAUCCUUCGCACCCUCUUGCCCAUCAUCACCCCUGUCCUCCUCUGCACUCUCCUCUGCUCCUCUGCUUGAAAAGCUAAGAGCUGGUGCUUUGGCCACUGGGUCGGCUGGCAAAUGGGCAGACGAAUGGGGAGUGAAUGUGCUUCCCUUGGUAGAGAGAUUAUCCGGAGGUGAUGUAGGUAGAGGGGCAAUGAGGUGAUUGACUCGUAGAUUCUGAUGUUUUAGAACGGAUUUUUCUGCUUGUGACUGAUCAUUUAAAACCACAGGCUAAAAUAGCAAAGGGGGGCUUCAAGUGAGCCCCUCUUGAAGUGGGGGCACUUUUGAAAAAGUUGGGUUGCUAGAGCGAAAUUGACA